CUUUGGCGGGAGUUCGCUUUAGGGCAGCUGCGGCUGAUUCCUGGCGGGUGCCGCGUGAGCAGAGAGCGGCGCUUUGGUGUUUGCUUGAGCUGCGUGGUACAGAUGUUGUGUCGCUCUCUUAUUCACCGGUCCCGGGCCGGACCCCCUGGUCCACCGGUACAGUUUCCUCUCUACCAUCUCUUAAACAGUUAUCAGUGUGUUAGAUCAGAUGAUCAUCCCUGCUAUGGAGAAAUGGAAAUGCUUGUUCCUCCUUUUGGCUGCACCUUUUCAACUGCUCCAGACUUGCAGCACAUCCUUGCAGUUGCAAAUGAAGAGGGAUUUGUUAGGCUGUAUAAUACCCAAACACAAGAAAGGGACAAGCAGAUUAUUAGAGAGUGGCAAGCUCACUCCAAUGCUGUUUUUGAUCUGACCUGGGUGCCCAGAGAACACAAAAUUGUUACUGUUUCAGGAGAUCAAACAGCUAAAGUAUGGGAUGCAAGGACUGCUGAGCUCCUUGGAGUGUGUCGAGGACAUCAGUGCAGCCUCAAGUCUGUUGCUUUUUCCAAAUUUGAGAGUGCUGUGUUCUGUACUGGAGGAAGAGAUGGAAAUAUCAUGGUUUGGGACACUCGAUGCAAUAAGAGAGAUGGGUUUUACAGACAAGUGAAGCAAAUAAGUGGAGCUCAUAACCUAACAGACAAACAGAUGCCCUCCAAAAUGAAGAAGAAAAAACAGAGUGGGAGAGGACUGGCUCCUUCAGUGGAUUUCCAGCAAAGUGUGACAGUAGUGGUACUUCAAGAUCAACAUACUUUAAUUUCUGCAGGAGCAGUUGAUGGGGUAAUCAAGGUAUGGGACCUGCGCAAGAGCUACACCACAUAUCGGCAGGAUCCUGUGCCUUCCAGGUCUUUCAGCUAUCCUGGGACCAGCACUCGUAAACUUGGUUAUUCUAGUCUUGUUUUGGACUCUACUGGUACCAGCCUCUUUGCUAAUUGCACUGAUGACAUGAUAUACAUGUUCAAUAUGUCAAGUCUGAAGGAUACUCCAGUGUCAGCUUUCGGUGGACAUCAGAAUUCCAGUUUCUAUGUCAAAUCAGGCAUCAGCCCUGAUGACCAGUUCUUGAUUAGUGGCUCAAGUGACCGGAAUGCCUAUAUCUGGAAGGUGUCUGAGCCCCAGUUCCCUCCUGUAAUUCUCCUUGGUCAUCUGGAAGAAGUCACUUCGGUUGCCUGGUGUCCUUCUGACUUCUCUAAGAUUGCCUCGUGUUCAGAUGACAACACCAUCAGGAUUUGGCGCUUGAGGCAAGGCAAGGAAGACAAGAUACUGGACAACCACACUUUGGUGGGCUGGGCCUGUCUGAAGAGAGCAGGAGAACAAAAUGAAACUGAAACUCUCAGCAGCCAACAGAAUACUCCUGCUAAAGUUGCUACCAGGGGCAGUCCCCAUAUUUCUUCGCCACAGCCUGCAGCUUGUGCUCCAGCUUAUACGGGAGAUCUUCCUCUUCCCACCAACACACCAACAUCAUCUGCUAUCAAACCCCCAGCCACCAAGGCCUACUCACCAGCAAGGCAGAGGGAAGCCACUUCUGGCACUUCACCCAAAUCAGCACGUUCUUCAAUUAUGUCCAUCAUGCAGUGGGUUACCAAGAUUCCGAAUUCAUCUCCUCCCUUGAGUGAGAAAAAGACACUUUCUGCACGAAAAGCCCUGGCAGAGAUUUCUCAGAUUGUCCCUGGGGUCCCAUUCACAUCCAAAUCCAUACAUUUGCAUGUUGAGACACGAGCCAAGAGGAGACUGGAAUCCAGCAAGGACAGUAAUGCAAAACGGAAGUACCUCAAAAAUUGCAACUGUGAGACUGAUCUUGACCAAGUGCCUAAAAAAUCCAGGCUAGAACAGUAUACUAUGACUGAGAAUUCAGAGCCUUAUGCUGAAGAUUGUCUGACUCUUAAUGGACUAGUAAAGGCUACUCAAAGUGAGAAGGAACCUUCCUCUUCUAAACUUCCAUAUUCUCCAUCAGGCUUACCAAAUCCCCCAGUUCCUUUCAAGAUCUCUUGUGGUAGAGUGGCUGAAAAGGAAAAUAGUUCUGCUGUUAAAAACUGGCUGUCUGCUCUGGGGGGCAAGCUGCGAACUAACGAAUCUGGGAACCAGAGUACAUCGAGCAGUAUUGUUCACUCAUCAGGGAAUUGUAGCACAAGACGACAAGAACCGGGGGCAGGAACUGUUUCACCAACAUCACUUUCAACCACUUUUGUGUCCAUGCGAAAGAUAAGCACAUACUUCCAGCGAAAGUCACAAGAAGUUUGAACCGUGUUCUGCAUUUGCUUUGAUAUACUUCAUGCUACUGAAAGUGAAUUGAGUCAACCAUAGAGAAACCAGUGUUCUCAGACUUGAAAGUUUUAUCCCCCUUGUUAUUUUCAGUUUUUUAAAAAUAUGUUAUCCAUUGAUUGCAUUAAAUUAGGUUAAACAUUGGCUAAUGGAUUUGAUUGCUCAAUUUAAUGUAAAAUAACUGGUGAAUUUUAAAGUGAAGUUCUACUAGUAUUUUCUUCUCGUAUUGUUUGUUCUUUAGAAACCACCAUUAAGAUCUGAUGCUAUAAUACUUGCCUGUGUACGUUGUCAUGACUUUUUGAAAUCUUUUUGGUUUCAGAGUGGUAUGGCACAGUUCUCAUUCUGCUUUUGGUGAAAUUGAAUGGGUGAAGUGAUUCCCAGAUUAUUCUGAGUUUGUCUUCAGUGAAAGAAGUGUCUCCAUAUGGUACAACACUGAGUUUACAAAUGCUGCAAGUGAUAGUAUAAAUGACACCCUGUUUGCUGGAAAAUAAAGCUUCUUAAAAUUA